CGCGGCGGAAAAGUUGUGGGGCAGAGAGGAGCGGCCCUGGGACGGGCAGAGAGCGGGACGCCGAGCCGGCUCCCGGCGCCCGCGGUCCCGCCAUGGACGACCUCGACGCCCUGCUGGCAGACUUGGAGUCCACCACCUCCCACAUCUCCAAACGGCCCGUGUUCUUGCCCGAGGAGACCCCCUACUCAUACCCAACUGGAAACCACACAUACCAGGAGAUUGCCGUGCCACCCCCUGUCCCGCCACCCCCGUCCAGUGAGGCCCUCAAUGGCACGGUUCUUGACCCCCUAGACCAGUGGCAGCCCAGUGCCUCCCGAUUCAUCCACCAGCAGCCUCAGUCCCCGUCACCCGUGUACGGCUCCAGUGCCAAAACUUGCAGCGCCUCUGUCCCCCAGGACGGCGCCGGCCCCCCGUGUUCCCGAGCCGCUGAGGAAGAGCACGUCUACAGUUUCCCCAACAAGCAGAAGUCGGCCGAGCCUUCACCCACGGUGAUGAGCUCCUCCCUGGGCAGCAACCUUUCUGAACUCGACCGCCUGCUGCUGGAACUGAACGCGGUGCAGCAUAACCCCCCGGGCUUCCCUGCAGAUGAGGCCAACUCAAGUCCCCCGCUGCCUGGGGCUCUGAGCCCCCACUAUGGCAUCCCAGAGAAUAACAGCCCACUGGGAGGCAAAGCCGGGCCUCUGACGAAAGAGAAGCCCAAGCGGAAUGGGGGCCGUGGCCUGGAGGAUGUACGGCCCAGUGUGGAGAGUCUCUUGGAUGAACUGGAGAGCUCCGUGCCCAGCCCCGUCCCUGCCAUCACUGUGAACCAGGGUGAGAUGAGCAGCCCUCAGCGAGUGACCUCCAGCCAGCAGCAGACACGCAUCUCAGCCUCCUCAGCCACCAGGGAGCUGGACGAGCUGAUGGCCUCCCUUUCGGAUUUCAAGAUCCAGGGCCUGGAGCAAGUGGUGGAUGGAGAAGCGUGGGCGGCCAGCUGGCCUCUGAGCGACAGGCAGAGCAGUCCCGAAGGGCAGGACAAGGGAGGGUUCAUGGCCCAGGGGAAGACGGGGAGCAGCUCUCCCCCUGGGGGGCCCCCGAAGCCUGGGAGCCAGCUGGAUAGUAUGCUGGGAAGCCUGCAGUCUGACCUGAACAAACUGGGGGUCGCCACAGUUGCCAAAGGGGUCUGCGGGGCCUGCAAGAAGCCCAUUGCUGGGCAGGUUGUGACCGCCAUGGGAAAGACGUGGCACCCGGAGCACUUCGUCUGCACCCAUUGCCAAGAGGAGAUCGGAUCCCGGAACUUCUUUGAGCGGGAUGGACAGCCUUACUGUGAAAAGGACUAUCACAACCUCUUCUCCCCGCGCUGCUACUACUGCAACGGCCCCAUUCUGGAUAAAGUGGUGACAGCCCUUGACCGGACGUGGCACCCUGAGCACUUCUUCUGCGCCCAGUGUGGAGCCUUCUUUGGUCCCGAAGGGUUCCAUGAGAAGGACGGCAAGGCCUACUGCCGGAAGGAUUACUUUGACAUGUUCGCGCCCAAGUGUGGCGGCUGUGCCCGGGCCAUCCUGGAGAACUACAUCUCGGCCCUCAGCACCCUCUGGCAUCCGGAAUGCUUUGUGUGCCGGGAGUGCUUCACGCCCUUUGUCAACGGCAGCUUCUUUGAGCACGACGGGCAGCCCUACUGUGAGGUGCAUUACCACGAGCGUCGAGGCUCGCUCUGCUCGGGCUGCCAGAAGCCCAUCACGGGCCGCUGCAUCACCGCCAUGGCCAAGAAAUUCCACCCGGAGCACUUCGUCUGUGCCUUCUGCCUCAAGCAGCUCAACAAGGGCACCUUCAAGGAGCAGAACGACAAGCCUUACUGUCAGAACUGCUUCCUCAAGCUCUUCUGCUAGGCACCCUUCAUGGUCCCCCUGCCCUGGCCCAGCCUCCCCAACGGCUACUGUGACCCAGAGGCCUUGCCCAGGGGUGAAGGGGCAAACCCGACCGAAACUGGAACCCGUACCCUCGGCUGGUGCAGGUUGGCGAGAGGCCCUGCUCUUCUUUCCCCUGCCAGAGCCUCUGGGCCUUCCUCCUGCAGCCCUCCCCCGGCUGUCAGCUCUUCGUCCUCCCCGGAGCGGAGGCUGGAGGGCCCCGCCCUGCACCAUGUGUGUCCCCGCCAACCCGCCUGGCCAGGCCAGCAGCCCACACUGGAGCCAUCUUUUACUCCUACUUUGGCAGUGGAGCCAGGGGCAAGGGCAGGCAGGGUCAGACGGGGUCUUUUUUUAUCCUUCUCCCCGAUUCUGACCUGACCUAUCUUUGUCCUGAGAGUACUGGGGGAUACCGGCUCCCUUCAGACAAUGCCAGCAUAAAUUCAUCUAUCCAAGGGUGGAAGUGUUUGAGGGGCCGCGGAAGGUUUCUUGUGCUCCUGCCCUUCCGGUCUCCCCGGGCCUGGGCCGCUGCCCCCCGAGCCCCCAUAACUGCUCUGGUUCUACUGAGAAAGGCCUCUCCAGCAAUAAUGUUUUAUAGUCACUUCCUCCGUCUCUGGGACGGUGUGAGGUGGGGAGUUUUCCCCCCCGUGCCUGGACACUGUACCGACUUUGAUAGAUUUCUACACUGAGGUUUGAAUUCAUACCGUCUGAGUUGCUUUUACUUCUCUAUAUACAAAAUGAUUUUGAAGAGAUUUUAAA